UGUGCGCGCGUGUGUGUAUGUACCGUACUGUAGAUGAAUACAUACACGUAUUUAUGCAUAUAUAGAAAGAGACGAAGAAGAGAAGGGCGGUGUGAGGGAGGCUGAAGGUGGAAGGGAGGAAGUGAGCAAGUGAGUGAGUGAGCUAAGAGCGACGGAGAAGGCGAUAAGCGCGUAUUGGAAGAAGGGAAAUAGGAAUUAAAAAGAUACGGUUGUGUUACAUGCGCGACACGAGUGGUAAGACCCGCGUGGGAUUAAAAGUCGCGAAACAAAACAAUCCAUAAACUUUCUCUCAUUCGUUUCGUUGCUCGCUAAUCGAUCAUCGAUGAUACAUUUCAUCGAACCAGCUCGUAGCUCGAACGAGAAAUAUCGUAUCGUAUUAACGUUCGAGCGUUGGAUACGCUAGAUCGUUGAGUAACAAAGAAACGGCAACGAACUACAAAUCAGGAAAUUAAAACUAAAGAGAAGAGAAUGGAAGAGUUCGCGUAAAUGGAUAAGGAAAAAUAUCCAAAGUAGCGGUAGGGUAAAGAAGAGGUAUUCAAACGCGGUGUAUAUGCGUGCACGCGUGUGCACCUAUCCAGGCAACAUGGACGAAAGUCAGCUGUUGAUGACGGAACUUCCGGCCUUAACGCCGAGUCGGGGCACAACGUUGCUCCACCGUUCAGGGCACUAUUACCAGUUGCACCAGCCGCACCUAGCGAUCCCAACCUCGCAAAGUCAAGCCAUCCUCUAUAACUCCAGUACCACGCCGCAUUAUACCAGCGGUGCAACCAGCGUGCCGGCUUACGCGCAAGGCAUCUCUUCGAGGCAGCAGCCUCAAGUAGCUCGCGGUGCUGUUACAACUAGCACCCACAUCUCUUGUUUGUACCCAGAGAUACUGGCUUUGAUUUUCAGCUACCUCGAGGUCAGGGACAAAGGACGCGCUGCACAAGUGUGCACCGCGUGGAGGGACGCGGCGUAUUACCGGUCCGUGUGGCGCGGGGUCGAGGCGAGGUUGCAUUUAAGGAAGCAAGCGCCGGCGUUGUUCGCCAGUCUCGUGAGAAGAGGAGUGAAAAGGGUGCAGGUGUUGUCCCUUCGAAGGGGCCUCGGGGACGUUCUGAGAGGAGUGCCAAACUUGGAGGCGUUGAAUCUAUCCGGUUGCUACAACAUCACCGACGCCGGACUGAUCAACGCGUUCUGCCAGGAGUACUCGACCCUCACCGAACUGAAUCUCUCGUUGUGCAAACAGGUCUCGGACAUUUCCCUCGGUAGGAUAGUGCAGUAUUUAAAGAAUCUCGAACAUUUGGAGCUGGGAGGUUGCUGCAACAUCACGAACACCGGCCUCUUGUGUAUAGCGUGGAACCUGAAGAAGUUGAAGAGACUCGAUCUAAGGAGUUGUUGGCAAGUGUCCGAUCUGGGCAUCGCGCAUUUGGCCGGGGUUAAUCGCGAGGCGGCAGGUGGCAACUUCGCGUUGGAACAUUUGAGUCUUCAGGAUUGCCAGCGGUUGAGCGACGAGGCUCUUAGGCACAUAUCCAUCGGCCUGACCACUCUUAAGUCUAUCAAUCUCUCGUUCUGCGUUUGUAUCACUGACUCUGGGGUGAAACACUUGGCCAAGAUGUCCAGUUUGCGGGAACUGAAUCUGAGGUCCUGCGACAAUAUCUCGGACAUCGGUAUGGCCUAUCUCGCGGAAGGUGGCAGCAGGAUAUCUUCCUUGGACGUGUCCUUCUGCGACAAGAUCGGUGAUCAGGCGCUCGUCCACAUCUCCCAGGGGUUAUUUAAUCUAAAAUCCCUCUCGCUGUCCGCGUGUCAGAUCAGCGACGAGGGUAUCUGCAAGAUCGCGAAGACGUUGCAUGAUCUGGAGACGUUGAAUAUCGGUCAGUGCAGCAGAUUAACGGACAAGGGGUUGUACACGAUCGCGGAGAGUAUGAAGCAUUUGAAAUGCAUCGAUCUUUACGGAUGCACCAGGAUAAGUACCAAUGGGUUGGAAAGGAUUAUGAAGUUGCCGCAGCUCAGUACGUUGAAUCUUGGUCUUUGGCACGUGCGGUGAUGGCUUUUUUAAACGAGAAACGAUUAAAAAAAAACAGUGUAUUACGACACGGCAUAUUUGCGUCCCUACUGUACUCUUGUUCGUACGAAUGACGAAGGUGUUCCCUCGGUGCCUGCGGAACUUCGCCGGAUACAUAACGUGCCGAUCGAUCAUUUUUCUUUUCUUUCUUUCUUUCUUUUUUUUCUUCUUCAAUCAAUGCCUCUCUCACUUUUCACGUUUUUAUAAAAUCGUCAAGGCCAGCUACGAAACGCCCUCCUUUCAUUCGCUUUUUAGCCGCGACGCAAGUACCGUUCUAAACGUUCCUUUGGUUUUAUAAUCGUCAUCGUUGACGAUGCAUUUUCUGGAUACUAAAUUUUCAUGAUUAGGUAGAACGGGGUAUAUCGAAUCGAGUUUGGUCUUUUUGAGUAGCGAUGGGAUCUAAGUUUGAUUAAGUAUGCAAGAAAAGACAAACGAUACCUGCGAGUAUAAUUGAACAUUGACGAUAGGUUUGUACCUUUUACAAGUUCUCGUAGGAAUAUAAGAGACGCAGGUGUAAUCGAGCUUUGAUCAGGUGCAUUAGCAAGAUGAUAGACCUCCUUGAAAUUGUACUUAUAUUUUAUAAGUAUCUGCUUGAAUUCUAUCCUAAUUUAUCCACAUAACUCGACUACCUUAUAGAAUAAAUCAUCAAAGUAUUUGAACUUGAUCUCAUCACUAAUCUUGAUGCCAGGUCACUGUCCUCACUAAUUUCACUUAUACAUUUUUAAUUUUAAAAUUGCACCAGCUGACAUACCUAGAAUUACAUUAGUUAUGAUUUAGGUAUUCUAUGCACAAUUAUUACAAGAAUUGUCUACGUUUUUUUAUACAUUCCCUUGAUCACAGAGAUGGCCAAAAUUUUUUACGUUUCUAUUACCUUUUAAAUCACCGUAUUCAGAAAUGGCAAUAUUGAUCUGCUGUGGCGUAUAUCAAUAUUAUUCAAAUCGAUCAUGUAUACCCCGUUUUACAUAAUUACCUAAAACAUUGUUUCCAACGCUUCGUUCAUCGUCCACGUUCGUCAAAGAAUAUUUUCAAGCAACAACGAAUUUAUUAUCUUUUUUCUUGUCGAUGAUAAUCUUCAGGGCUGGUACGAGGCAAAUUUGCCCUCGAAAAAUUCAUCACAAAUUUUGCGGGGCUCUACGUACAGUAUUUUAUGUGUAUCAGUACUCGUCGAGCGAUGCUUGGAGUUUUAAGUUUGAAGCAUUUUAAAUUUUAAGUAGUUCAAGUUUAACACAUUUCAAGCUUGAAGUAUUGAAGCAAUUGAGCUUUAAAACGAUAGAAGCAAUACAAAUUCGACUGAUUUUGAAUUUAAAGCAAUUCAAAUAUGCCUUUCAAGUUCAACGCUAUUGAGGCGUUGCAAAUUAGAAGCAAGUUCAAGUUUGAAGCUAUUAAGCAUUGUAAUUCAAGUCUAAAAAGAUUGAAAGUAAUUGAAGUUGUUUGAUGCAUAUGAAAUAUUUAGAGUUUAAUUUUUUAGAUUUGAAGCAUGAGAAGCUUCAAAUCCACCGAACUUAAAACAUCCCGUGUUCGAAGCAUUCGAAGCUUGAAACGUACACAUAAAUACGUAUCUUUCGGCCACGCUGAAUUUUGCAUCCAGCUCUGCAAAUGUUUCUCGCCGGCCCUGGUAUUCUUCAAGAUUGAAGUAGACUCGUGUGAUGUGUUUGUGCUUUCUUUAUGCUUUUUCAACGCGCAAAUAAGCAGAACGGAAGGUGUGUGUGUGUGUGUCGAGCUGCUGUUUCUUUACUCGUUGUAACAACUGUGCUCUUGUACACGCGAUAUUCCGUUGUAAAUCUUUGUCCUUAGUCAGCAUCGCGACCGAUUUAGCCAAAGUAUCGUUCCAUCGUUUACAAAGUAUAUAAUUGUGCAUGAGACCAAUUGGUUGCAAAACGUUCGUUUUAUCAUUCGAGUAACGACGGUUCUAGAGACUCAUGGUGGCCCGUGAGUGGGAUAAAAUGAACCCGUUUGUAUCUUUCUAUCAUCUUUUAUCAUUUAACCUUUGGUAGAAGUUGUUCAAGUCUUCCCACUAAAAAUUCAGUAAAAUAGAUUAGUUCAAUGUGCUUUAUUACACUGAGAUAUCUGUCUUAAAAUUCAUAACAUUUGUUUCUGUAAAAAGAAAAAAGUGGUUGAUACAUUGCAUACAUAUCUAUGGCAAUUUUAACAUAUCAUUUAUAUUCAUUAUUGUUGCAAACAUAAAUACAAAGCAGUUGCCAUGUUUCUAAAUUGUUAUUGCCUUACGCUAUAUUUUUUGGCCUACAGCCUAUAAAUUUAUUUACCGUACAAUGUAGUGCAUAUAAAUUUGAACAUAUUUACAGUAUAAAUAAA